AUCCAAUCCUUUCAUUUUCUUCUACCACUGCAUAAACCAUCUUCUUUAUCGUGGCUUUUUCUCUUUGUUCUCCAAUGGAGUUGGGUUUGGUUUCGAAAGAUACAACCUGGUGGGUUUUUACUCUACCAGCUUUCUUUGGGUCCAAAAACCUGCUAGAUGGUUGUGUUUUGCUUUCCAUCUUCAUGGCAUUUCUUUCAGUUGCCUUUCUUUCCUGGGUUUUUGCUGUUGGUGGGAUUGCAUGGAAAAAUGGAAGGAACCGAAAGGGUAGCCUUCCAAUUUCUGGUCCUAGGGGUCUCCCUGUAUUUGGUAGCCUAUUUACUUUGAGUCGUGGCUUGGCUCACCGUUCCCUUGCUGCCAUGGCUUGGUCCGGUGGCAACACGCAGCUCAUGGCGUUUAGCCUCGGCUCCACCCCUGUCGUUGUAGCUUCCGAUCAUCAUACUGCAAGAGAAAUCCUAAACUCCCCUCACUUCGCCGACCGACCCAUCAAACAGUCAGCUAAAAGCCUCAUGUUCAGUCGAGCCAUAGGAUUCGCUCCCAAUGGAACCUAUUGGAGGCUUUUGAGAAGGAUAGCUUCCUCCCACCUCUUUGCACCAAAGCGCAUUAUGGCACACGAAACCGGUCGCCAACUAGACAGCACCACCAUGCUGCGCGACAUAGCAAAUGAGCAGACACUCCAUGGCUCUGUUUUCUUAAGAAAACAUCUUCAGUUUGCUGCUUUGAACAACAUCAUGGGGAGUGUUUUUGGCAAAAGAUAUGACCAGACAAAAGAUGGUGAAGAAUUGGAAGAGCUUAGGGAUAUGGUAGGAGAAGGGUUUGAACUCUUGGGGGCUUUUAAUUGGUCUGAUUAUUUGCCAUGGCUGAGUUACUUUUAUGACCCCUUUCAUAUUAAUCAACGUUGCUCGAAACUGGUUCCCCGAGUUAGAAAACUGGUCAAAGGCAUCAUUGAACAACACCAACAAAAACUAUGUGAGUCCAAAAUGUUGUUUGAUAAUGCUGAUUUUGUAGAUGUCUUGCACUCUCUCGACGGUGAAGAAAAGCUCCAAGAAGAUGACAUGGUUGCCGUUUUAUGGGAAAUGAUAUUUAGAGGAACUGAUACGACGGCUUUGUUGACGGAGUGGGUCAUGGCUGAGUUGAUUUUGCACCCGGAAAUACAAGAGAAGCUGCAUCUUGAAAUUGACGGCGUUGUUGUGGCGAACAAAACCCUCACCGACGCCGACCUGUCAAAGUUGCCUUACCUUCAGGCGGUUGUCAAAGAAACCCUGCGGAUCCAUCCCCCGGGACCACUGCUUUCGUGGGCCAGGCUGUCCACGUCGGACGUCCAGCUCAGUAACGGGAUGCUGAUUCCGGCUAACACAACCGCCAUGGUGAACAUGUGGGCCAUAACGCAUGAUCCUAAUGUGUGGAACAACCCUCUGGAGUUCAAGCCCGAGAGGUUCCUGGAAGCCGACGUAGACGUCAGAGGUGGAGACCUGAGGCUCGCACCCUUUGGUGCUGGGCGCAGGGUUUGUCCUGGAAAGAACCUUGGGCUCGUCACAGUUAGCCUGUGGGUUGCUAAGCUGGUGCAGAAUUUCAAGUGGGUUCAGGAUUCAGCCAAUCAUCCAGUUGAUUUGAGCGAAGUUCUCAAGCUCUCAUGUGAGAUGAAGUUUCCUGUGCAUGCUAUUGCUGUGGAAAGAGCUGAUACUCCUUAUCCAAAGCCCUAG